UUUGGAUUUAAUGUCUGGUGGAAAGGAAUUGGUAUCCUUCAUUCCCACGUUCAUAUAUAGAGAUGGAGGCAUCUCGUGGUCUCGCAGCUGCGACUAAGCGACUAUGCUGCUCCACAACUUCGUCCUUUCUCUCGUCGUUCACUUCUCUCCCGAAAACCGCGACCCGAUCCUUUUCAUCAGUUCCUAUUCUGUUUGCGCCUCGAUCGAGCAAGGACAAGGCGGCAGCAGCAAAAGCAAAGAAGAGAAAGAAGAGGCAUCAGACAUUCAGGCAGUAUGACUUGAAGGACAUGCAGCAAUUCACCCUUUGUGAAGCCAUGCGCUACAUCAAAGCAAUGGAAGUUACUCGUGAUCCGGACGUGUCGAAAUACGAUAUUCACAUCAAGUUAAGAACGAAAAAAGACGGUCCAAUUAUUCGUAACCAGAUCAAAUUGCCUCAUGCAGUCAAACAAGAUAUCAAAGUGGCAGUCAUCUGUCCUCCCGACUCACCAGCGGCGAAACAGGCCAGAGAUGCAGGUGCAGCCUUUGUGGGCGAGGAGGAAAUAUUCCAACGUGUGAAGGAAGGAAAGAUCGACUUCGACCGAUGCAUAGCUGUGACAUCCUCUCUUCCGAAGCUGGCCAAGGAGGGCUUGCCCCGGAUUUUGGGUCCUCGAGGCUUGAUGCCGAGUGCAAAAUUGGGUACAGUGGUGGACAAGCCAGGCCCGGCUGUCAGAAACAUGCUGGGCGGUAGCAUGUACAGAGAAAGAACUGGUGUUGUUCGCAUGGCAGUGGGCAGACUCAGUUUCACGCCAGAACAGCUCAGAGACAAUGUGAAAGCAUAUGUCAGUGCUGUUAGGAAGGAUGCUAAUGCUUUGAGUGACCAGAUCGUCAAGGAGGUCUCCGAAGUGGUUCUCAGCUCCACCAACACGCCAGGUUUCUCGCUGAAUGGCGAAUUUUAUAGAGCAUCUCCGGGGGCCCCUACACCGCAGGAAUUGGCUGUUGCAUAAUGUCGUCAAGUUUUUAUCAGCACAUGUACAGAAUGUAUUCGUAGACGAACGGCGCUCGGAAAAUGGGGAGUUCUGUUCGGUUCUUCAUAUCGAUCAACUUCGUAAACCCCCCAGGAUAUAGCAUCAUUGUUUGUACAAGCUCUUCUUCAGCCCUCUACAGCCCCUCGAAGUUGCAACAUUUGCUGCUUGAAUUUGACUUGGGGUUCUUGUUUGAUCGCAGCCUCGAGAUCUGACAACAAAAUCUCUUGGAUUUUCCGUGUCCGUGAAUCUUGUGCCAAUAUGAAGGGGUGAUGUGGGC